GCUUGUUCUUCAUUGUCGGUGAUGACACGCUGCUGUUCAUCGUCAGCGAUGUCGAUACGCCCUUCUUCCUUCUCCUUGAGGACUAGCACUUGUUCUACGCUACCAACUGUUGCUGCUGUUAGGAUGACUAAUCGAUAUAAUUGUAGCAACAAUAACCAAACCUUCUACCCUUUCAGACGGCGCAAUUACCGCUUUCCUCUCACUUCGACCAUUACUCACAGUACCUCUUGCUCUUCUAUUCUUGCUUCUUUGAGCCCUCAAAGUUCUCCUUCUCCCUCUUCUUCCUCCGCCUCCUCCUCCUCUUCUCCUUGUUCUUCUUCUUUUCCUUCUUCUUCUUUUACCAAUAACUCUUCCUCCUAUGUUCGUGUCUCUUGCGGUCGUAGUCCUCUAUCUUCUUCUUCUUCUUCUUCUUCUGCUGCUGCUGCUGCUGCUGCUGCUGCUUUUUCUAGAGUGUGCGGUUCUGAGAGUGCGGAAAGGGAGGAGGCGAAGAUGGAGACGAAGCAAUCAGGUGCGGCUAUGGCGGCGACGGCAGGUCGUCUCGGCGCUGAUUCUCACCCGCCGUCAGGAGGAGCUAUGGAUUCCAUUGGCGCGCAGCGUCCACCGAUGAUGACGAGGAUGGCAGUCCCGAGCGCGAGCGCGAGAAGAACUCCGACGGCGGCGGCGGCGGCGGCGGCGGCAAGGAUGGAAUACGACACGUUGCCUAAUUCCGAUCUAGUGGUAAGCAGAAUAGGUCUAGGUACAAUGACUUUCGGCGAGGGAAAUGACUACGAAGAUUCCUGCAGGCUGCUCCACGUGGCAUCCGAAGCAGGCAUCACUCUGCUAGACACCGCGGAGAUGUACCCGGUGCCUCAGAGAGCGGAGACGCAAGGUCGGUCUGAGGAGUUCAUCGGACGAUGGAUGGCUAGCUCCAGGAAGAUUCGGGAUACCGUCGUGCUGGCCACCAAAGUCACUGGCCCGUCGGGACAGAUGACGUGGAUACGCGGGGGCCCUCCUUGUGUUGAUCGUGCCGCCAUCAUCGAGGCCGUUGAGGGGAGUCUUCGGCGCUUGAGGACCGAUUAUAUAGAUCUAUGUCAGCUUCAUUGGCCUGAUAGGUACGUGCCUAUGUUCGGAGAUGUUGAUUACGUUCCCUCUUAUUCCUAUAAAGCCGUUGAGAUCGAGGAGCAGCUGGAGGCAUUAGGGCUAUUAAUCCAAUCAGGCAAGGUCAGAUACAUAGGCUUAAGCAACGAGACAGCCUGGGGAGUGAUGCGCUUCUGUUCUCUGUCAGAUGCCACGUGUCACUCCGAGAAGCAUUCUCAGACGAAGACCAGAUCUGCUUCUUCUUCUUCUUCUUCUUCUUCUUCUUCUUCUUCUGCUGCUGCUGCUGCUGCUGCUGCUGCUGCUGAUGAUGAUGAUGAUGAUGCUGAUGAUGAUGAUGAUGAUGACGACGACACGUGUCAUCAUCAUGGUCAUCCCGGUCCCGACGGCGUGGAAUCCAAGUCUGAUGAAUGCGUCGAUAACACGUGGAAAAGGAAACUUCAGACGAAACUUCCACGUAUUGUCUCGAUUCAGAACGCUUACAGUCUGACGUGUCGUACGUUCGACAGCAACUUGGCUGAGAUUUGCCACGUGGAAAAGGUUGGUCUUCUUGCUUACAGCCCCUUAGCUAUGGGUCUCUUGACUGGCAAGUAUUAUUAUCCAGAACGAAGUCUAGGAGGAGGAGGAGGAGGAGGAGGAGGAGGAGGAGAUCUGUCCAAUGCUCGUCUGAAUAAGUAUAGGGGUAGGUAUGCGGAGGCAGAGUGUCGCUAUGGAUUGGAGAAGGUUAAUGUUCGAGAGGCUGUGUUGGCUUACRUGGAUAUWGCUAAUCGGUUUGGAUUGACACCGGUGCAGCUGGCAAUAGGCUUCGUAUUGGGCAAUCCUCUCGUCAGCAGUGCCAUUGUAGGUGCAUCGGCCACGUGGCAGCUGCAGGAGAUCUUAUCCUCUCUUCAUGUGGCUCCUCUCUCGCAAGAAAUUUYGGAUGCCAUCGAUAAAGUACAUCGACGGUAUCCCAAUCCGACCCCGUGAUUGCGUGAUUCAAUCACGUGCUAUAACUGCGCCGUUUUUUUUUUUUUUUUCGGUUUCCCUGAGGGAGUCCGUCUAUCAAUGUGAGCAGAUCGCAUAAGCAUUUAAUCAAUCAAUCAACCAAUC